UUUUCUUUCUUAUUUUUUUUUUCCAUGAACAUAUGCGUGUUUGAAUGUUCGAUUAAUAAAGAUGGUCAAAGUGGAUCAACAAAACCUUUUUUUCUUAACGAUUAACUAAUUACCCUUAGACUUUCAAUAUUUUUCUAUUACCAUUAAAUUGAAAAAUUAACAGGGUUACUAUUCAAUUAAUUAAUAGUCUUUUCUAAAUUUAUUCAAGAACUAUUUCCCACAAACAUAUACGUGUUUGAAUGGUUGAUGAAACUCGAAUCUUUUACGGUCAAAUCUUAUGCAAAUAGUCUAUAUAUUAACGAUCAACUCGAAUAUUUUACACACAUCCAUAUUUUAUGUAUUUAUUUACAUAUGAAAGAUCCUCCAAUAAUUCUUUGUUUCUAGAUGACUGCUGUACUGAUUCUGAUCACUCCAAUAUUUUGAAUAACAAAUAGCUAUCCACCUCACGAUUGUUCAGCAAAACUAAACAUCAUAGUUUAUGAUUCGUCUUUUUUUGUGCACCUAUAGUUUAUGAUUCAUAUAUAUAUAUAUACUAGGUGACUCACCCACGUAUACACGCAGAAUGAUUUUUUAUAAAAAAAAUUAAAUUGCAACAGUUAUUAAUAUUUAAUUUUGUUUAGUUUUACAUAUUUUUUGAGUUAUUAAGUUGCGAUGUGUUUGAUUUUAAAGAAUAUUUAACUUUGCGAUGAUAUUUGUUUCUAAAAUUCUAGUUUGAUUUUAAUCUAGUGCAAUUAGUUUUUUAUUGUUUAUAUGUUUUUUUUAAUUUUGGGUUUAUAUUGGAGUUUUUGAAUAGUUGAAAUUUUAUAAUCACUUAUAAAAUUUAUAACUAAUAAAAUUUCAAAAAUAAAAAAUAUUGUUUAAGACCAGUUUGAAACUGCAUUAUUUAAAAUAUAACUUUACAAUAAAAAAGUUACACAUUAACAUAAACUCAAUUAAAUCUACUUAAUGUUUAAGAAAACUUCUUUGUAAACAACAUAUUUGUUUUUUUUUUUGUGAAGACAACACUAAAUAAAAAUUGUAUGCAUCGAAUUCUAAACUGAAAUCUUAUUUUUGACGGAGUAAAAAACAUUAUAAGUAUUAAAACCCUUAGAUGAUACUGUUACAAUUGACUUCAUAAAUAAUAUUAUAGUGAUAUAUAUAGAUGUUUACCUACACAAACUACAUCUCUCGUACAUUCAUCAUUUAUACUGAAACCAAUGGUUCAAUAUAAAAUGAAACUAGAUUAUAGGUUCAAAGGGAUAAGCAACUAAAGAUGAUGGACAUUGUGAGCUGGCUUUACUGUCGAUGAAUAUCCAUCACUCGAGGACUACAAUCAGUGUUAUCUUACAGUCUUACAUAUAACUAUUCUUGUCGCAUAUCUCAGAGAUUUUAACCAAAAAAAUCUCAGAGUGAUUCUAUGAAUUGUAACUCCCGGGUUGUAUUGUAUCACAUGAUUUUUUUUUCUUCAUUUCUUUGCACGUACGUACGUUUUUACGUUGAAAAGAUCCGUGCAACCUUAUAUUUUUGGUAAAACGUGCAACAUUAUUUUUUGGUAAAACGUGCAACGUUAUUUGAGUGAUAUCAAGUAAUUUGUUUUUGUUACAAAGAGUUAUAUGAAAUAAUUAGAUAUGUUCGAUGUUCCACAAUGAAUUACUUGCAUGUAAUCAUUUUCAUCAAGGACUUAUUCAAAUUGAUUUCUCUGCUUUUGAAAUGACAAUUACCAAAUAAAAGACAUUAAACAUUGACCUCUAGCCGGUAUAUGAUAUGGGUCUUGAAAGAAUGAGACUAGGGUCGUCCACUAUGAAUAUAUAAAUAAAUAGACGAUAGUGAUUAAUGGAUUAAGUUAGAAUCGAAUAUGUUAAAACUUUUUGAAUUUUUGAGCUACUUUUUCAAGAUCAACGUGAUUUUUUAACCGAAAAUACGAUGGUGCAAUUAUACUGUAAAGAAAACUUGUUAAACAAAAUGCUCGGCUUCGUAUUCCUGAAAACUUAAAUAUAUAUCAUACUGAUGGUAAAAAUAAAAAUCGAAUAUUAUUUACCUAUAUAUGAACAUAUAAUUUCUCACGCGCUCUAGUUGCCCUGAUUGAAUACACGUUAACAAGAAUUCAAUAAAGAUGAUGAAAAGCUAUAAAGUUGAAGCACUCUUAUUAUGAUAAAACUUUUUUAAUCAUAAUUAAAUCGUGUUUUGCAAAAAAAGAAGUCAUAAUUAAAUUAUACAAAUGUUAAAUUAAAUCAUAACUACUCUCGUUGUCUCAGUCUCUCUCCUUGACCUAGGUGUAUAUAUAAACGAACACGAGUGCUCUGGUCCUCAUCAGAGAAACACAAGACAUAAACCAAACAUUAAACAAAAACUAAGUACAUAGAUUAGUGACAAGAAGCGAAAUGAAGUUCGGGAAGGAGUUUUCAUCUCAGAUGGUGCCAGAGUGGCAACAAGCUUACAUGGAUUACGGCUUUCUCAAAACCCUACUCAAAGAAAUCAUCCGGUUCAAACUCAGAACCAACAAUGCAGCUCCACGUGGUGGCGCCAAGAAUCACCUCGGCGGUGAAGGACUAAACCGGAACAUGACACUUUACCGCGCGUUUAGCGGCUUAGUCUCAAUUUCAAGAAGGCAAAGACACGGCAACUCUCACGACGUCGAGGAAGGGGUGCAGUUAACGACGACUACGACUACGGGGCCGAUUCUUGUGAACACCACGGUGGAUCGCGGUUGCGAGACGACGUUUCUGAUGGCCGCGGAGGAAGGAGGAGAGUACGAGCUGGUGUUUUUCCGGAGACUAGACGACGAGUUCAACAAAGUGAGUAAGUUUUACAAAGAGAAAGUUGAAGAAGUGUUGAAAGAAGCGGUGGUGCUUAACAAACAGAUGGACGCUUUGAUCGCGUUUCGUGUCAAAGUGGAGAAUCCAGAAGGGUGGGGAUGGGAUGAACGGACGGUGGAGAUCAGCCGUUUGGCUUCCGAUAUCGCUACUUCCGCCGCUACUCUCUCCGCUUCUACUCCCGCCGGAGCUAAGUCCAUGAAAGUUCGAAGUCAAGCUCAUAUGGAGGCAAUACAUGAAGGAGGGUCGAGCAGAGCUGGGCAACUAGAAGAUAAUGAUGAAGAAGAACAACGAGAAGACAUCAAUGAAGUGAAGACAACAAGGAUGAGAGCAGUGAGACCAGCUCCGUUAAAUAUUCUAGACCGAGUCAGUAUCAACGACACCAAAGAAACGCCUCGUUCCACCAUCAAAGGAGUUCUCCAGGUUCCGAAGCAGACCGACUUAAAGUUCAGCAGAGAAAAUCUGAUGAGAGUCGAGGAGAAGCUGAGGCACGCUUUCAUCGUGUUUUAUCAGAAGCUGAGGCUUCUCAAGAGUUAUAGUUUCUUGAAUGUAUUAGCGUUCUUGAAGGUAUUGAAGAAGUAUGAUAAGAUAACUUCAAGGGACGCAACGAAGCAUUACAUGAAAAUGGUUGAUUGUUCAUACCUUGGAAGCUCUGAUGAUGUUGUGCGACUCAUGGAGCGUGUUGAAGCCACAUUCAUAAAGCAUUUUGCAAAUGCUAAUCGAACCAAAGGAAUGAGCAUUCUACGGCCUAAAGCGAAACGAGAGAGACACAGAAUUACAUUCGCCACUGGUUUCUCUGCGGGAUGCGUAUUCUCUCUUAUAGUGGCUCUUGUCGCGAUCAUCCGCACACGAAAUCUCUUGCAGGGGGACGGCCAGAAGCAGUACAUGAAUACUAUGUUCCCUCUUUAUAGCUUGUUCGGUUUUAUAGUGCUGCACAUAAUAAUGUAUGCUGCUAAUAUAUACUACUGGAGGCGAUAUAAAGUGAACUAUUCAUUUAUAUUUGGGUUCAAGCAAGGCACUGAACUUGGUUACAGACAAGUCCUGCUUGUGGGUUUCACCAUUGGUGUCUUUGCAUUGCUUUGUGUUCUUGCGAAUCUUGACAUGGAGGCAGACCCCAAAACCAAAGGCUAUCAAACAUUAACUGAACUUCUUCCUCUUUUCCUACUUAUUGCUAUGUUUGUGGUUCUAGUCUUGCCAUUCAACUUCUUUUACCGCUCAAGUCGCUACUUCUUUCUCGCUUGCGUGUUUCGUUGCCUCGCCGCUCCUCUUUACAAGGUAACAUUGCCUGAUUUCUUCUUGGCGGAUCAGUUUACUAGCCAAGUUCAAGCUCUUAGAAGCAUCGAGUUCUAUGUUUGCUACUAUGGUUGGGGAGACUUCAGACACAGAAAGAACACUUGUAACACUAGUUUGUACAACAGUUUCUUGUUCAUUGUUGCUGUCCUCCCUUAUGUCUCCCGCCUCCUUCAGUGCCUGCGACGGCUGUUUGAGGAGAAGAACCCGGAGCAAGGGUACAAUGGCAUCAAGUACUUAUUAACUAUAGUAGCCGUUUGCUUGAGAACUGCUUACAGUUUCCAUAAAGGUAAUAUCGCUUGGAGGAUGGUAGCCGCUAUCUCCUCAGCUGCAGCUGCUAUAUUCUCUACUUACUGGGACUUUGUUCAUGACUGGGGUCUUCUUAACCGGACAUCGAAAAACCGCUGGCUUCGAGAUAAGCUCAUCAUACCUCAAAAGAAAGUAUACUUCAUCGCCAUGAUUUUGAAUGUCCUGCUGAGAUUUGCGUGGAUUCAGACGGUUCUUGAUUUCAACUUCUCCUUCAUGCAUAGACAGACAAUGGUUACCACUGUUGCUAGUCUUGAGAUAAUUCGUCGUGGUAUAUGGAGUUUUUUCAGAUUAGAGAAUGAGCAUUUGAACAAUGUUGGGAAAUACAGAGCCUUUAAGUCUGUUCCACUACCAUUCAACUACGAUGAAGAUGAAGACAAAGAUGAUUAAAGUUUCAUUGAGUAUACUCUUUAGUCACCAAAGUCCAUCAAACUGUUUACACAGUCUUAUCUUGUAAUCGUAUUGAAAACAUAAUAGUAUUAGACUAUUAGUCAAAGUUCAAACUAUUUACUAUUUAAUUCAGUUGCAUCUGAUUAUUUUCUUCCUAUUCAACUUGCUCCUUUGAGCCUUAUUUAUUUUAUUUUUUUUUUUUUUUUUGUCAA